GGGCGGAAAAUUUUCAUGGAUCAAUUCUGGCGAUUGGAAGGAAACUCCAAGAAUUCUUUUGUUUUGUAAAAGUCCAGCAGUUCAUUCUGUCUCCCAUCUCCAGAUUUACCUGAUUUCACCCAUCACAAAGCUUUGUACAGCUCGUAUUCUCUGUCAAUUAUCUAACUCAGCCCCGCGACAUCACAUCCUACGAAGGCAAAUCUUCCAGCAUGGAUAUCUUCAAAGUCCUCUCGCGAGGCAUCAAAGCCCAGCCCAAGAAAAACCAGCCAGGCGCACCGCAGCUCCUUCCCUCCGCCGGAGCAAAAGUCAAUCCCCAAUUCUUCCACGACAAUGUCGGCGGCGCCAACGCCAAAAGAGGCAAGAAGAGAAAGAGGAAGGGGGCUCAGGCCAACAAUGCGACCGAGAGCGGAGACGAAGACGACGAUGCCAGCGACGUCGACUACUUUGCGCCCAAGCCCACCCCCGAGGAGCUUGCCGCCAAGAAGGAUGCCGAGUUGAAGGCGGACGAGCCCAAGAAGCAAAAGCCCAAGCUUUUGGAAGAAAACGAAUGCCGACAGAUACUCAAAUCCCAUCGGUUAAAGUUCACAGUCCUAGCCGGUCGCGUGCCACAAGACGAAGCGGCUACGGAGGAGAAGCCGCCCAAGAAGCAGAAGAAGCAGAAGGAGGACAGGAAGAAGCAGGAAGAGGAGGAAAAGAAGAAAAAGAAGAAAGACGAAGACAAAAAGCAAAUCUACCCGCAGCCGCUCAACUCGUUUGGCGAGCUCAAGUACACUUACGGCAUUCACCCCGUGUUGGCGGACAACAUCACGCGGCAGGGAUUCCGGGUGCCGACUGAGGUGCAGAUGGGCAGCUUGCCACUGCAGCUGCGGCCAGAGAUGGCGUUGGAGAAGGCCACAGAUGUGGAAGACGUCAAGGUUGAAAAGGGAAUCGACUUCCUCGGUGUUGCGCCGACAGGCAGUGGCAAGACUAUCAGCUUCUUGAUUCCCGCUAUCGAUGCCAUCAUCAAAAGGAGGGCCGAGGAUUACACCCCUGAAACAGACGAGCAUGUUCUGCAGGCCAUCGUGGUUGCGCCUACGAGAGAGCUGGCAAGUCAAAUUGUCAAUGAAGGAAGGAAGUUGGCUAUCGGAACCGGCGUGCGCGUGGUUCUCAUGAAGAGGACCCUGCGGUUGGUGGCAGAAUCAAAUGAGCAGGAGGAGACGGAGCAGGAAGCCAAGGAAGAGGUUCAAGACAGUGAUAGCGACAGCGAAGCAGAGAGCGAGCCCGAGGAGGUUAUGAAAAUCGAUGAAGAAGAAGAGGAAGAAGAGGAAAGCGAUUCUGACGCCGAGAAGAAAACGGAGAGCAGGGCCAAAGGUGAUCAGAAGUUCAAGAAGGAGAGGCCGAUCACCAGGGUAGACAUUCUUGUGACAACCCCCAAGAUUCUCCUCAACUUCCUCUGCGGAGGCGAAAAGGAGAAGGGCAAGCCCAGGAUCAUCAAGAAGACGCUCCCCACCGUGCAAUCCCUCAUCCUUGACGAGGCCGAUGUUCUCCUUGAUCCCAUCUUCCGCAAGCAAACCAUGGGUAUCUGGCGUGCCUGCACCCACCCCAACCUCGGCAUGACGUGCUGGUCGGCCACCAUGGCCUCCAACAUCGAAGCUCUCCUCACCAAACACAUCGACAAGCGCGCCAAGCGCACCCCCGAACAGACUCCCAAGCCCCUGAUCCGCCUCGUCGUUGGUCUCAAAGACACCGCCGUGCCCAACAUCACGCACAAGCUCAUCUACACGGCCACAGAGCCCGGCAAGCUGCUCGCCCUGCGCCAGCUUCUCCACCCCGUGUCCUCGGCCGACUCGGGCCCGCCGCUGCGCCCGCCCUUCCUCGUCUUCACCCAGACUAUCGAGCGUGCCCAGGCGCUCCACGACGAGCUCAAGUACGACAUCCCGCUCGAGGCGGGCGGCUCGGCCCGCGUGGCGGUCCUGCACUCGUCGCUCCCUGACUCGGUCCGGUCCAAGAUCAUGGCCCGCUUCCGCAGCGGCGAGGUGUGGGUGCUGAUCACCACGGACGUGCUCGCGCGCGGCGUCGACUUUGCUGGCGUCAACGGCGUCGUCAAUUACGACGUGCCCGUGUCCGCCGCGGCGUACGUGCACCGUGCCGGACGCACGGGUCGCGCCGGUCGCGAGGGCGGUGUGGCCGUCACCUUUUACACCAAGGACGAUAUCCCCUUUGUCAAGUCGGUCGCCAACGUGAUCGCCAUGAGCGAGAAGCAGGCGGGCAAGGACAUCGACGAGAAAGAUACCGUCAAGGCCGCCCAGGGUAGCGUGCAAAAGUGGCUGCUGGAUGCGCUGCCCAAGGUGGCCAAGGAGGAUAAGAGGAAGUUGAAGGUCAGGGGGGUGGAGAGCAGGCGGACAGGCGGAAAGGCGACGAUCACGACUAAGAGCAGUUGGGAGAGGCGGAGGGAGAAUAACAGGCGGGAGGCUAUUGAGGCUAGCAAGAGGAGAAAGAGGGAGGCGCAGAAGGCGCAGAAGGAGGGCGGUGCUGCCCCUGAGAAGGCGGAAGAGGAGUGGACCGGCUUGGAUUAAAAAGCUGGGCGUAGCCGUUGGGGCGUUCAUGCAGAUAAUAUUGUCAUUGUGUUGACGGGCGGAUUAUUAAAAGGAUAGAUACCCCUACCGUGUAUAUGCUGGUACUUAGACAAAAGAAUGAUUUUCUGUGAGUUUACAUUUUGUUCAACUUGUCCUAGGAAUGAGUGUCGCGUAUCUUGAUUCCGAGUGAUACCAGCAUGAGGGGAAAACAAACACAGACAGCGACGGAGUAGAAGAAAACCCUGACCCUUCAAAAUAUCAUAACAUCAUAUCACCG